CAAGCAGAGAGAAGAGCUUUCAGCCAGGCUGCUCGCUGCCUGGUGCAAGUGGUGGGAGAGCUCCUUAACCCGCAGCUUCUAUGAUCAUCCACUUGGCAAAGACCUGCAGGCCAUGAGGACGGGUCAACGACUGAACAAAGGGAUGAGGACGCGACUGGGAUGCCUGUCUCACAAGUCAGAUUCAUGCAGUGAUUUCACAGCGAUUCUUCCCGACAAGCCCAACCGUGCUCUCAAGAGAUUAUCCACAGAAGAAGCUACGAGGUGGGCUGAUUCCUUUGAUGUGCUUCUCUCUCAUAAGUAUGGAGUGGCUGCCUUCCGUGCUUUCUUGAAGACGGAGUUCAGCGAGGAGAAUCUGGAGUUCUGGUUAGCCUGUGAAGAAUUCAAGAAGACCAGAUCAACUGCAAAGCUGGUCUCCAAGGCCCAUAGGAUCUUUGAGGAGUUUGUGGACGUGCAGGCUCCGAGAGAGGUAAACAUUGACUUCCAGACCCGAGAAGCCACGAGGAAGAAUAUGCAGGAGCCAUCCCUGACUUGUUUUGACCAAGCCCAGGGAAAAGUACACAGCCUGAUGGAGAAAGACUCUUAUCCCAGGUUCCUGAGGUCCAAAAUGUACUUAGAUUUGCUGUCCCAAAGCCAGAGGAGGCUCAGUUAGACCUCAGAUGGAGACUCUUGGAAAUCACUGGCUUUUUCCUCCCCUUGCUGCCAAGACCAUAUUCUAAUGUAAAGUGUCAUAGGUGUUCAAAGGCGGUGACAUUCGGGAAGGGAGACUAGGGCUGAGGAGGGGAUGAGGAGCCAUUCCAAAGUAUGACCCAGCUGCCAGAGCUUGGACUCUCAUCCAUUUACCCACAUUUGUGUUUUGGUUAGUGGUAGCACUGCCUGCAGUUACCCCUCUCUGGGUGGGUUAGCAGCCUGCCCUUCCUAAUGCCUUGGGUCAUCUCCACUGAGAAGGCAGAUUUGCUGCGCUGGGCUAAUCUGUAAAUAAUGCAAAUGCAAC